AGCAGAACAGACACGGACUCGGAUCCAUGGGGCUGGGGGCUCUCAUCGUCCUCCUCCUCCCCUUCCUCUUCAUCAGGACAGCAAGCUCCCAGCUGCGGGUGAUGACAGACCCCUCCUCCCAGGCCCUGCUGGGCGCCAAGGCCCGGCUGCAGUGCCACUUCGAUGUCGGGGGGCCGGUGGCCCUGCGCUCCCUGCAGGUGACCUGGAAACUCUGGGAUGAGAAGAUCGCAGAGUACGACGAGGGCAAGAGCUCGGUGCAGCCUGGAGCCACAAUGGAAGAGACAGAGCUGGAGAAGGGAGAUGCCUCCCUGGUGCUGCCCAGGGUCACAGUGACAGACGGGGGGCUGUACACGUGUGUCGUGGGCUACGGGGCGCAGCAGCAGCAGGGAAGCACCAGCCUGCGCGUGCUCGGUGAGGGCCGGAGAGGGGCCCCGCGUGCGUCCCUGGGUGGCCGUGAGCACCGGUGGGAGCCGAGCACCUCCUGGGAACGACCCCGGGCUGGUGCCCAGACCCCCACAACCAGCACAGGGACUGGCUCCUGCGGCCACCCGCACAUCUCCCAGCCCGAGUCAGUGACCCUGGGGAGCACAGUCACCCUGAGCUGCCGCAUUUCGGGGCAUUUCCCGGCUGAGCUGAGGGUGACCUGGCUCCGGAAGGGCAAGGGACAGGCUCCAGCCGUGCCCCUGGCGGACUCUGAUGACUACGAGAUCCAACCGGGCACGGCCGAGCAGGCGCCAGAUGGGAAGAGUUUCCAGCAGGAAACAAGACUUAGCUUCACCCCGUCGGUGCAGAGAGACCAGGGCACCCAGUACAUCUGCCGCGUGCAGCACGUGGCCCUGGAGCGGCCCGUGGAGAAGAGCAGCGCGGAGCUGCAGGUGACAGCGCGGCCGGAGCUGUCCGGGAUCCAGGUGUUGCCGUGCUGGGACCCCCCGGACCAGGUGCCCUUUGCCAUCCACCUGCACGGCUUCUACCCCUGCGGGAUCCACCGCAUCGAGUGGAGCUGGGACGGGAAAGCCUGGGAAAGGUCCAAGCCCAGCGAGAUCAGCCCCAACCCGGACGGCACCUUCACGGCGACGAGCGUGUGGAGAGUGCCCAGCCGGAGCCUGACCGGCCCGGGGCUGCGAGUGCGAGUGUCCGUGGAGCACGGCCCCGGAGACCCCCCGCUGGAGAGAGAGCUGCGCCUGCGGGACGCCGGGCUCCUGCGGCCCCCGGAGCUGUCCGACAUCUCCCAGCCGGAGUCAGUGCCCGUGGGGAGCAGAGUCACCCUGAGCUGCCGCAUUUCGGGGCAUUUCCCGGCUGAGCUGAGGGUGGCCUGGCUCCGGAAGGGCAAGGGAAAGGCUCCUUCUGUGCUCCUGCAGGACAUACAAGACUACAGCGUUCAGCCUGGCACGGCCGUGCAGGCACUGGAUGGGAAGAGGAGUUUCCAGCAGGAAACAAGACUGAUCUUCACCCCGUCGGUGCAGAGAGACCAGGGCGCCCAGUACAUCUGCCGCGUGCAGCACGUGGUCCUGGAGCGGCCCGUGGAGAAGAGCAGCGCGGAACUGCAGGUGACAGGUCAGUCUCAGCUCCCCGAUGCCAGCGUGGAUGGUGCCACCUGCCCCAACCUGGCCCUGCAAGCUGUGAGGCUGGCACAUGACACGGCUCAUAGGUGCCAACUUCUUGGCAAGAGCAGCUUCCCUUCCAUCAUGUCCCCAGCUCAUUCCCAUCAAGCCGGGCUCCUGUCUGCUGGGCCAGGUGGCCCAACACCAGCUGCUGUCUCUGGCCAGCACCGGAGCAGGACAGGCCGAGAGGAGCUGGGGAGCGGGGCAGAGAUCUCCCCUGCUCCCCACGGCUUGGGUGCUGGGGCUGCGGGACCUGCCGCGCAGGGAACAACCCGGCAGGGAUCCCAGACCCAGCAGCAGCGCGGCAGGGAUUUCCUUCAGGGCAUCCUUGGUACAUGUGCUCCCAGCUCCCACAGGCCACGCAGGGCAGGACACCGGGCACAGUCCCUGCCCCUGGGACAAGACGCACGCCCAGGCUGCCACAACCCCGGGUCUCUCGGCUGA